GGGCUAAAACUGGAUUUACAUGAUUAUAUAUAUGUUACUUUAACACAAAACUUUUGACGCUCUUUUAAAACAUAACCUUAAAAUGUCAACAUAACCUGUCGUCACAUGUGUUUAUAAAAGUGCGUUUUAUACAUUCUAUAGGGAUUAACACGUAACAAAAAAACAAGAUGCCGAAAGUGCGAACUACGGGGGGCGCUCCCCGGAAACAGAGCUUCAACAGGUCCAAACACUCCAUGAACCCCGAGAGGCCUACGGAAGGUCUGAAGGGGGUCGCGAAAGUACGUACUAGAGGCACAAUCAAGAGGUUGCAGAUGUACAGGAACUUUAAGGCAAAGCGAGACAAAACUGGAAAGAUUCUAACGCCUGCCCCAUUUCAAGUUAUAUUGUUGGCAUGUCUUGGUUGUUCUUUAUUUUGUUCUAUUACAGAGUUUCCUAAAGAAAUUGAAGAGGUUACUCCACUACUUGUGAACACGGUGGGUUGGUUGGCUUCUGGUACAGUGGCUAGAGUGGAACCAAAUCAAAAAUGGUUUGGGAACAGCAGGGUGAUAUCACAGAAUGCCUUGCAGAUGUUUCAAACUGAAUUGGGGGCUGCAAUAAAGAAUCCUUAUCAGAUGGUGAUGAAACCCACACAACUACCCAUAACAUUGUUAAAUGAGAAGGGCAAAAACGCCAGGGUUCAUGUAUUGGAUACAGAGAGCUUUCAGAGUGUUUUUGGGCCUAAGAAGAGCAGGAAAAGGCCUAAUUUUGCUGUUAAAGGCUUGGAGGAGUUCUCGCAAAUGGCCGAGAAAAAUCAGGAAGAAUACAGCAAUGAAAAGGAUUCUAAUAUUGUUAAGGACGAUGGUGGGGUUAGGGACAUACCCAGGGAUUGGGUUAUGGCUGCUGGACAGUCCAGGAGGAUCUGGAAUGAAUUGUAUAAGGUAGUGGAUAGUUCGGAUGUUCUUUUGCAGGUUUUGGAUGCUAGGGAUCCUCUGGGAACCAGAUCUCCCUAUCUAGAAAAGUGGGUGGCGAUUAUCAGUAAGGAAUACCCCACUGUGGCGUUCCACGCCAGUAUUACUCAUCCCUUUGGGAAAGGUAGUUUGAUAAACUUGCUGAGACAGUUUGCCAAAUUGCACAUAGACAAAAAACAAAUAUCGGUUGGGUUUAUUGGGUACCCAAAUACAGGAAAAUCCUCGAUUAUCAACACCCUGAGGAGUAAAAAAGUUUGCAAGGUCGCACCUAUUGCGGGUGAGACUAAAGUGUGGCAGUAUAUCACACUCAUGAAGAAGAUAUAUUUGAUCGAUUGUCCUGGGGUUGUCUACCCGUCGGCUGAAACCGACACUGAAAAAGUCCUGAAAGGUGUGGUUAGAGUGGAGUUGGUAAACAACCCUGAAGACUACAUAGCUCCAUUGUUGGAGAGAGUUAAGAAAGAAUAUCUUAUUAAAACCUACAAAGUGGACUCCUGGAGUGAUCAUAUAGAGUUCUUGGAGAAAUUGGCGAGAAAGUCUGGGAAGUUGCUGAAAAAGGGAGAACCGGAUAUACCCAGUGUCGCCAAGAUGGUUUUGAACGAUUGGCAACGCGGUAAACUACCCUUCUUCGUUUGUCCCGAAGGUUAUGAGAAACCGUUGCCGAAACAAAACACAGACGACAAGGACAACCCGCUUAGCGUCGUUCAGGACUACAGAAAGAUCAAAGUGGGCUUGUCCUAUGAGGGCGAUGACGUCAAAAAACUGGAACCAAUGGAAAAUCUCGAAAAGGCGGUGAAUGAAUACGCAGAUGACACUUUGAAUACCACCUCCAAUUCGCAAGAUAACGAAGAGGAUUCGGACUCUGAUAUCAGCAACUUUUAUUCAGAUUACGAAGGAAGCGACGAUGAAGAUGUGACAACAGCGCCCACAGCAAGCGGCGAUUGGGCUGUUGAGGAUUUGUCGAAGAAGAAGAAGAAGAGGAAGGUUGUGGAGGAAGGGGAAAAACCGGUAAAGAAGAUGACGAGUAAACAGAAACGAGCGGUGGAGAGGGCAAAUAAGAGAAAGAAAAUCGGCAGCAAUUUCUACGAAGUCACCAAUGUCAAAAACAAAAAUAGAAACAAGAAGAAAAAGGUUUAA